AUGGACGCAGCUCUGUCCAGCGCCCUGGCGCUAUGCACCAUCCUCUCGGGUCCGCUCUUGACCCUCUCGAUCGCCUGCCUCAAUGUCGGUAUCUUGCUCAACCGCCGCGUCUCGCUCUACAUCCCCACCGAGACGCUUGUCCUCCUCUGCCUCGUCUACGCCUUUCGCUAUCGGGUCGUCUUCGAUACCCUCUUUUCGCUCAACCACCUUGGUUACAAGCUCGACAUGUUUGCUCUGCUGAUGGCGACGCUCAACGUGCACAUCGUCCAGCAGUCGACGAGCCUCCGCGCUACCACGAGCCGCGUCCAAGAGACGGCAUGCGACGAGACGCAGAUCGAGACGAUGACGGCCGUCCUUGCGCAGCCUUCCUUCACCAAGAUGAAGCACGAGCACAUCAUUGGCUUCAACGUCGUCCUCUUCCGCCGCACCGUCGUAUGGACGCUCAUCCCGGCGCUUUACAUCGGAGACCGCUCGCUACUUUCGCGCGGUAUGUCUCGUUGGUAUGGCAACUCCAUUGCGCCUUUUUGGGCCGAUGCGUUCAUCCAGCUCCACUUUGUGGUGGCCAUGCUCGAGCUGAGCGCCGUACAGCUCCUCCUGAGCCGCAUGUUGGCGCUCCGACGGGCGCAGGUACACCUCCUCCCGCCUCCCGAGGCCACGUUGACCGCUCAUGGGAUCACCCAAGAGGUGUGGAGCAGCAGGCUGCGCUCACCUACGGCCAUCUGGGCUUUCGCAUGGUGCACCCAGCUAGGCGCCGCACUCAGCCUGCCCGCGCUCAUCGCGGGUGUAGUGCGCCAGGCCAAGAGGUCCGGGGAACUAGACGAUAUCCUGCUGUACAAGGCGACGGGCGCAGGCAUGCAGGUUGUGUGCUUUGCGGCCUUCCUGCUGUUCUACCGCUACUGCGGGCGCGGGAAGAUCCAGCUGCCGAGGGACGAGGAGAAGUAG